AUGACACUCUACUCCAAGUUUCUUAAAGAUCUGCUAACCAAGAAGGGAAAAUAUAUCCACAGUGAUAAUAUUAUGGUGGAGGGAAACUGCAGUGCUGUUAUCCAAAGAAUUCUUCCACCUAAAUACAAGGGUCCAGGGAGUGUUACAAUCCCCUACUCUAUUGGUACGAUGUCAAUUGGAAAAGCCCUUAUUGACUUGGGGGCUAGCAUUAAUUUGAUGCCCCUCUCCAUGUGCAGAAGGAUUGGAGAGCUGGAAAUCAUGCCAACAAGAAUGACAUUGCAGCUGGAAAAUCGUUCUAUUACAAGGCCUUAUGGCGUGGUAGAAGAUGUUUUGGUCAAAUUACUUUCCCUGCAGAUUUCGUGA